GAAAGCCCUUGGGAGCUUGAGGAGGCUGCCCUGGCCAGCUGGGCCCCACAACCAACCUGGACCAGCUCAGUGGCUUCUCUAGCUAGCUUGUAGCCACCGUCAGACACUCCUGAGGAGGGAACAGAGACAGCCCUGCCUUCCAGAGGAGCUCGGCAAUGAGGAGCUAGGAACCCGAGGCCCGGGGAACCAGAGCCAACAUCAGGGCAACAGGGCUGUUCUCAGUUGAGAGGCUCCAACCAUCAUGGCAUCUCUCGGCCUCCAGCUGCUGGGUUAUAUCCUGGGCUUCUUGGGGCUGGUGGGCACCCUGAUAGCCAUGCUACUGCCAAACUGGAGAACAGGCUCCUAUGUGGGGGCCAGUAUUGUCACGGCCGUUGGCUUCUCCAAAGGUCUCUGGAUGGAGUGCGCUACCCAAAGCACCGGCAUCACUCAGUGUGACAUCUACAGUACCCUGCUGGGGCUGCCUGCAGACAUCCAAGCUGCUCAGGGCAUGAUGGUAGCUUCCAGCACCAUCUCCUCUCUGGCCUGCAUCAUCUCUGUGGUGGGCAUGAGGUGCACUGUCUUUUGCAAGGACUCCCCAGCCAAAGACAGGUUGGCGGUGGUGGGAGGAAUUUUCUUCCUCCUAGGAGGCCUCCUGGGUUUCAUCCCUGUCGUCUGGAAUCUCCACGGGAUCCUCCGUGACUUCCACUCGCCACUUGUACCCGACAGCAUGAAGUUUGAGAUCGGAGAGGCCCUCUAUCUUGGCAUCAUCUCCUCCCUCUUCUCCAUGGUGGCUGGCACCAUCCUCUGCUUCUCUUGUCCAGCCCGGUGGGGCGACCGCUCUGCCUACUAUGGCGGUUACCAAGCUCAGCCCUUGGCCACCAGGGCCUCCCCUCGGCCAGGCCAGUCCACAAAGGGCAAAAGUGAAUUCAACUCCUACAGCCUGACAGGGUAUGUGUAAGGAGUGGCUUGAGGGGGGGAGUGGGCCAUGGUAGAGGGCCAGCCCGUGGCUCUCCACUGACACUGGGGAGAGACAUUUCCAUCUGUUCAAGUCAAAAAGCAAUGCUAAAGAAAGGACAGACAUUGGGGGUCCCUUGGGUCUGACCAGUGGAAGCUGACACUGCAGGCCUUCCCACAGGCCUCCUUUCCCAGCUAGCAGCCCCCUCCCUACCUCCACCCUGCCCUUUUUUUCUCAGUCUACAGGCCUGGACCUGCCCUCUAGGUCUGGGAACCCACCCACUUCCCUAGCCUCCCCACCUCUCCAGAAGGCCUUCUCAGCUCAAUGGACUGAAGUCUCACUACUUCAGCCUCGCACCCCUCCCCUCAAAACUCCUUCCAAAGCCAUGACCAGACUGGUCAAGAGCUAAACCCAAAGGCCACUUCUUUGUUUCCAUUGUUAGAAGCAAAGAGGGAGGAGGGCCCAGCUCCCAAGGGGCUUCCGGCUGGGAGGGGGUCAAAUCCAUUGCCCACAUUCCACUGAGAAGUCUUCCUCUGCCAUUAGAGUCAGCGUAGAAGCCAGGAGCCUGGGUGCUCUGGAGGGCAUCUGCUGCCAGGAGCCCUAGACUAAAAAGAGAGCAAAGGAAACCAGUUUUUCUAGAGAUGCUCUUUGGCUUGGAGAACAGCAUGUGGGGGCUGAAGAAAACAUUGGCAUCUUUCUAUACUUCCUGAGAAAUAGUAAAAAUUUAAAAAUAAAGAUACCAAGCCAAAAGGAAUGUGUGUGUGCGUGCAUGUGUGCACAUGUGUGUACAUGCAUAUGCAUGUGUGUGUAUGUUUAAAGGCCUCAAUGGAGCCUCUCCAAGGAUUUCAACCCAGUUUAUGGAUUCAGAAAGAGAAUGAGCUGUUCUGGAGCAGGCUGUACCCAGGCUCUUAGAUUUGUCUUCUUAGCCCAUCUCACUGAGCCAGAGUAGCCCCCAGGGGAGCUCCCAGUCCCGGGGGGGGGGGGGCAGCAACAAAAGCUCCAGGCAGAUAGGCCUCAAAGAGAGAAUUGUUAAGGGCCCUGGAAACCCAGUGGUCACCUCCUAGGGGGAGCCCAGAUCAUCAGGGAGAACUGGGAAUGUCCUCAGCCCCUCACACCCUGCCCCCCCCAUCCCACCACUUCUAAGCAGGGAGGGCCCUGUUGGCACCUUCCUCGUCCUGAGCAUGUCCAGCCUCUGACAAAUCCUUCAGUCCCCAAUGGGAAGUCCCCAGCUCCAGCCUGAGUGCCACAUCUUGGCAAGCCCUACCUGCCCAGCUUUGCCCCACAUGGCUCCCCUGCCCUCUAGCCCAGAACUCUUUGCCUGUCCCUCCUGUAAGGCCUUGGCCUCAAUCACUCCAGCUCAUGGCACCCUGUCCCUCUCUACCUUGCCCUGUGCCGACUUCUCUGUCUCAACCAUUGGGCCCCUUGGCCCAGUCGCCUUGCGAUGUUAGUUCUCUGUCCCUGGUUGUAAGCUGUGCCUCCCAGCUUUACUGUAAGCUUGCUGUGGGCAGGCCUUAGUCUGUACCAUCUUCCCCACUACACUGAGCCUAGUGGUGGUUCUUAGCGAGUACUCAAUAAAGACUUUUGAAUUGACUAAA